AUGUCUGUUGCACAGCUCAGAUCGCCACGCCUGGCCAACCAGCUGGCCCGACAUGUGAAAGCGGCUCGCCACUUUUCCACCAGCGCUGCUUUGCGUAAGGAGCUCCAGGAUGCUUAUAUCCUCAGUGCUUCCAGAACGCCAACGGCCAAGUUCAAUGGCUCAUUCUUGACUGUGCCUGCUCCCAAACUGGGUGCUGCUGCCAUCAAAUCCGCCGUCGAGAAGUCUAAGGUUCCUGUCGAAAAGAUCACUGAUGUCUACAUGGGAAAUGUCUUGCAGGGCUCGGUUGGCCAGGCUCCUGCGCGUCAGGCCGCAAUCUUUGCUGGUCUUCCCGAGUCCAUUGAGGCGACCACCAUCAACAAGGUCUGCGCUUCCGGUCUGAAGGCCGUUGCCAUGGCCGCGCAGAACAUCCAAAUGGGCCUGACGGAGGCCCAAAUUGCCGGCGGCAUGGAGAACAUGUCCCAGGUUCCUCUCUACUUGCCCCGCGCCAGUGGACUUCCUGCCUUUGGCCAUGUCAAGAUGGAGGACGGUCUGAUCAAGGAUGGUUUGACUGAUGUCUACCAGCAAUUCCACAUGGGCAACUGUGCCGAGAACACUGUCAAAAACCACAACAUCACUCGCGAAGAGCAGGAUGCUUACGCAAUCCAGUCCUACAAGAACGCACAAAAGGCCUGGGCAGACAAGGCCUUUGCCGACGAGAUUGUUCCCGUCACAGUUCCAGGCCGAAAGGGCGACAAAAUCAUCGACACCGACGAGGGCUUCCUCGACGUCAAGAUUGAGAAGAUUCCCACUCUCAAGCCUGCCUUUGUCCGUGACGGAAGCGGCACCGUUACUGCUGCCAACUCAUCCACCCUGAACGACGGUGCUAGUGCUCUGGUUUUGGGCAGCAAGACCAUCGCACAGGAAUACGGGACCGGCUCCCGAGUCCUUGCCAAGAUCUGCAGCUAUGCCGAUGCUGCCAUGGCUCCUAUUGACUUCCCUAUUGCUCCUGCCAAAGCUGUCCCUAUUGCUCUGGAGAGGGCCGGCAUCACCAAGGACCAAGUCGCUGUGUGGGAGUUUAACGAAGCUUUCGCCGCCGUCAUCCUGGCCAACCAGAAGAUUUUGGGUCUUGAGGGCGCCAGGGUUAACCCUCUUGGAGGUGCUAUCUCUCUUGGCCACGCGCUGGGUAGCUCCGGGUCCCGUAUCCUCACUACUUUGCUGCACCAGCUGAAGCCUGGUGAGUAUGGUGUUGCGGCCAUCUGCAACGGUGGCGGUGCUGCUACGGCCAUGGUUGUACAGAGGAUUGAAUCCGUGUAA